AUGAGGCGCUCUUUGGUGGCGUGCGGUGUCUUAGCACAUGCAGGGUGGCAACGGGGAGCCAAAGGCACUGUACAGCGGCGGCCGGGGCGCUCGUCACGUGAGUCCAGUGGAGAUGCCCACGUUCCACAGAUAAAAGCUGCGCAGGCAGGGUCUCCACUGCGGCCGGACAGAGCGUGCUGGAGACACAAACGCGCCCCGCGAUCUGCAGACAAUGAAGAGUGUGCCUGA